AUGCAGGUGUCAGAGGUCCAAGGUGAAAGUGACUCUCUCAGAACACCUGCUUACUAUGGGCCUUGUGGAGUGGUACUAGGAAGGCUGAGAGUGAGGAGAGCUCAUCAGGAGAGUGAAUCUAGCCCAAGCACCACUGACAUGCCCCAGAUGGAGAAUCAGGACCGGGAUAACUCCAAUACCAUUUACUCUGCACAACAAACUCAUCCCGCUCGACCUGCUGUUCUAUUGAACCCCCACGUCCAAAUUGCCUCUGAUAAUGGUCAUUUCGCGAAGCCAGCAAGCCAGACAGGUGGACUGAGGGGCGUUCUUGAAGAAGAAGAUAUGACAGCUUCUCAUCUUGAUCAGGAUAAGUGGAGUCUAGAGAACCUACCAGAUAUCUUGUAUGUCCUGAAACCUGCGCAUGCGAGAUCUAGGCACGUUGUUCGUACAACAGCACACAAGGUUUUCGGGAAGCAUAUCAACGUUUUCACGGUCCUGCCGGAUCAGAUCUCUUCCAAAGUUGAAGGUUGGAGGCUUGAAGCUUGGAUGCGUCUCGAUCGUCGGAUAACCGUGCAAGACAUUAUCGAUCGGGUGAAUCCAAACUACAGGCCUAGAUUGACGCCACUCGACAUCGAACUGCGCCGGAAAGAUUUUCGAGAGAAAUUUCAUGUCGCAUGCUGGGGCGCUCAGAAGUCUGUGAAUGAGAUUUAUCGCCUGGCUGCAUCAAAGGGAAUAGACCCAGCGUUGAACACUACAAGAGGUUUAACUCCGGGUCUGAUUGACCCUUCCAAGGGAGAAGCUGGUGGACGCAUUCCACUGCCUCCAGGAACAACCUGUGACUCCACUCGCAUCGUGCCUGGCCUUCAAGAUGACGGAAGCAUGGCGCGGAGUCGCCUAUGCGCAAAGAGCCACAAGACCCAUUCACCAGGUGCCGUUCGCCAGCUGCUCUGGAAUACAAAGCACUUACCAACAAAGCUCUCUCCAGAUGUCGAUCACUUCCACAUUGCAAAUCCCCUUCUGAAAAGGCAGCUUUCUCAUGAUGUUAUGAAUGUCGAUUAUACUGCUACUCGCAAGAGAAGAAACAAAAUAUCUACUCAGCAGAACGUCUUCGAUUUCAACACCUAUCCCGCUACUCUACGUGAAUUGGCUUCUUAUAAAGGGCCCCCCGUUCAAGUAUUUCCCCCCGAAACCGAAGCCGAAAUAACGAUGAGCCUGGACGAUUACCUACGUGGAAGUCAGCUUACAUUUUGGGAACAUCUGGAUGUUCGGUGCGAGAACAGCUUGAGCGAUAUCAAGAGGUGGUCGCUGAGGUCUUGGUGUUGA